AUGUACGGUUUGACGCCCCUAUUACAAGCAGCCAAAAACGGGCAUACGGCUGUGGUGAAGCUGCUACUUGCAACACAGAGGGUCGAUGUUGCCUUGAGAGAUGAGCUUGGCCAAACACCGCUAUCGCUGGCUGCUGAAAACGGGUACGAAGAUAUCGUCAAGCUGCUGCCUGCAACAGAGAAGGUCGAUGUCGACCCAAGGGAUCAUGAAUACGGUUUCACGCCACUAUCACUGGCUACUAAAAACGGGCAUGAGGCCGUCGUGAAGCUGCUACUUGCAACGCAGGUGGUCGAUGUCGACUGGGAGGAUAAGUUUGGCCAAACACCGCUAUCGCUGGCUACUCGAAAUGGACAUGAGGCCAUUGUGAAACUACUCAAGGAUUUUAAGUACGGCUAG